CAGCGCUCAGGGAGCUCGGCCCCGCCGCCUCACCGCGCUCCGCCGCCGCGCUCCCCGGCCCUCCGGCCCCGCACCGGCUCUCCAUGUACGACAACUUGUACCUGCAUGGGUUUGAAGACUCGGAGGCGGGCUCAGCAGAUUCGUACACGAGCAGACCCUCAGACUCUGAUGUCUCUUUGGAAGAGGACAGGGAAGCAAUCCGCCAGGAAAGGGAGCAGCAAGCAGCCAUCCAGCUGGAGAGGGCCAAGUCCAAACCAGUAGCAUUUGCUGUCAAGACCAACGUGAGUUACUGUGGGGCUCUGGAUGAAGAUGUUCCUGUCCCAAGCACUGCCAUCUCCUUCGAUGCCAAGGACUUCCUCCACAUUAAAGAGAAGUACAACAACGACUGGUGGAUAGGGAGGCUGGUGAAGGAGGGCUGCGAGAUCGGCUUCAUCCCGAGCCCGCUGCGCCUGGAGAACAUCCGCAUCCAGCAGGAGCAGAAGAGGGGCCGCUUCCACGGAGGGAAAUCCAGUGGCAAUUCUUCUUCAAGCCUUGGAGAGAUGGUUUCUGGCACAUUUCGAGCCACACCUACAGCCACAGCAAAACAGAAACAAAAAGUGACAGAACAUAUUCCCCCCUAUGAUGUAGUGCCAUCAAUGAGACCUGUGGUGUUGGUGGGCCCAUCACUCAAAGGCUAUGAGGUGACAGACAUGAUGCAGAAAGCUCUCUUUGACUUCCUGAAGCACAGGUUUGAUGGGAGGAUAUCCAUAACCAGAGUGACAGCUGACAUCUCCCUGGCCAAGAGGUCUGUGCUCAACAACCCCAGCAAGAGGGCCAUCAUUGAGCGCUCCAACACCAGGUCCAGCCUAGCUGAAGUGCAGAGUGAGAUUGAAAGAAUCUUUGAGCUGGCCAGGUCCUUACAGCUGGUUGUCCUGGAUGCAGACACUAUAAAUCACCCUGCACAGCUUAUCAAGACAUCUCUAGCACCAAUUAUUGUCCAUGUGAAGGUGUCCUCUCCAAAGGUCCUGCAGCGACUGAUCAAGUCCAGAGGGAAGUCACAGAGCAAACACUUGAACGUCCAGUUGGUGGCAGCUGACAAACUUGCACAAUGCCCACCAGACAUGUUCGACGUGAUCCUGGACGAGAACCAGCUGGAGGACGCCUGCGAGCACCUGGCCGAGUACCUGGAGGCCUACUGGAGAGCCACGCACGCGUCCGGCGCGGCGCCCGUCACCCCGCUGCUGGGCAGGAGCCUGGCCCCCGCCGCCCUGGCCCCGUACCCCGCUGCCAUCUCCGGCCUGCAGAGCCAGCGCGGGAGGCACGGCGGCCACUCCGCGGAGAACUCUCCCCUCGAGCGGCGCAGCCUCAUGACCUCCGACGAGAACUACCACAACGAGAGGGCUCGCAAGAGCAGGAACCGCCUGUCUUCCAGUUCCCAGCACAGCCGAGAGCACUAUCCCCUCGUGGAGGAGGAAUUCCCUGACCCCUACCAGGACUCGUACAAACCCCACCGCGCCCGCGGCUCCCCCGGCGGGUACAGCCACGACUCGCGGCACCGGCUCUGAGCCCCGCGGAGUCGCGGCAUCCGGCCCGCGGUACCUUGCCGUGACGUAGCUAGGAGUAACAAUUAGAUCAUGUUAAUUUGGCGGGUGUGACGACGGCGACACCGCGUUUGCACUCUGCUGUCAUUGAUGUUUAAUUAGGGGGCAGCAAAACCCAGCCCGGCCCUUCCGUUUCUGCCCGAUCAUAGAGGUUGUUUUUGGGAUUCUUUUUGGGUUUAAUACAGCGUUUGCAUUUAUAGCCAUAUUUUUUUCUUGUCCUUUAGGUAUUAGACACAUCCGUUUGUAAUUUUGGGUACUUAUCGAGGCACUUAUAAAAUAAUUUCCUGUGCUGGAAAUUCCAAAUGACCAGUUCCAGUUGGAACCAAUUUAUAAACCAAUUCCUGUUGGAAUUUGGGUGAAUUGACUGGAAAGUCGACGUGAGCAUGUUGGGAAAAAAAAAAACCACGAAGAAAAAUCAGAAAAUUACAAACCACUGCAAGUCAGAAAGUCAGCUCCAGUAUUUGUUUGCUGGGAGCUCAAUUUCCAUUUCAGGUUAGAGUAAAAGGAUUUAUUCUAACGAUUUCUUUCCAGAAUGGCUUUUUCAGACAAACCAAAUGUAAACUCUCGAGAGUGCCAAACAUCCCAAAUUAUUGCAGCAGUUACAAAACACUUUCCAGUUCCAAAUUAUUUUUAGACCUGGCAUGAAUGUUGCAGCCAAAUGAUUCUUGAGUUCAGCCAGUCCUGACAGUUUUGUUGGGACCAGCAGGGAGGAGCUGCGACAGGAGACGGGAAGUAGGGACAGGAAAAGGAACAAACUCCAUCGUUUGUGUGCUUGGAGGUUGGGAACAGUCUUUAUUUUUUCCCACUCUUUUACCUGAAUACAGCCAGAAGUCCCAAAAUGGAACAGGAGUAUAGAGACAUCAGAUUUUUCUCCCAUUUUUAUCCUGCUUUUUAAAUGGAAAACAAUCCCUUCCUCUGACCCCGUGUGUAAAGUCUCCCCACAUCCCAGUACCCCGAGUAGCUGCCCACAUGUUCCAUCCUCCCAAACCCACCUCUGAAUGUCUGACAUUCCAGCGGCGCACAAGAACUCUGCAGAAGAUCCAUUCCAGCCAUGGAAUCCAAGGGGAGGGAGUGGGCUUAACCAGUCAUCAGUGACAGACAUUUCAAACAACAUCUCGGUCAGAAUUGCAAUAAAAAGGGAACACCAGACAAAAAUCUGCUCCCAGGGAAGUCGUGGAGCUGAUUCCAAGCUUUGGAUUCCAAGAGCUAUGAUAAAUCCUUGGAGAUAUUGCUGCCUUACUUCCUACCAAUCAUUUCUUUCACCUGCUGAGUCUUGAGUUCCUUCCAAGAGAUGAAUUCCUGUGGCUGGACCUUGUGUUUUACACCAUCAGUGAAGCCUUAGAUCCCAUGGGAUUGAAAAUUGACCCCCAUUGCCCAUUUUGUACGACCACUGACAUCUUCCAGCAGAGCCUCCCGAAAUUCCCACCGCACACAUUCCCUGGAAUUCACACAGUUUUGCUGAACAUGCAUUUGUUUAUGCAGGUUCAUGUCACAGCUAUUUUUUUUCUUCCCAAAAUAAGGAUCAUUAACUUUUUUAUUUGCUUGUUUUCCUCCCAAAGCCUGCUGAACCCAGGCUUUGAAAGCAUGUAGCACUACAGGAAUUUCUGGAAUAUUCUGGUUUCUUCUACAUCCUGGACCAGCUGGCAAAGCCCACUGGUGUUUCCAGCAUCCUGGAGUCUCAUUAUCCUCUUGAAGUUACUGGGAAAAGCAAUCCAUGUCCUUUGUGGGACACCCAAACCCACACCCAUCCCCAGCAGCAUUAAAAGGUGGCAGACACCUGAUUAAUUAAUCAUUUCUUUUAAUGACCCCACUGCCUAACAGGCAGCUGCAGCACCGCUGGGCGAUCCCAGUGGAGCAGUUACCAAGGGAAAGGUGGAAAUCUGUGCAUCCACUGGAGUCCCAGAGUUCUGGAUGGAUCUGCCAGAGCUGAUCCUGCCCGAGUCCCUCUGGCUGCAGGUGCCAGAGGAGCUCUGUGGCAGGAGCUGGCACUGGCAGCUCCUGCAGGAUUCUGUGCUGGGAGCAUCCUCCAGGGAGUUCUCCAGCCCUUUUUCCUUGUCCAGCACACAGAAAGGACAAAGGAGGCCUUGGGCAGCCCCUUCUUCUCUGAGCUUUCCUCCUUCCUGAUUGCAGGGGAGCUGUAGAGCCCUGGGCAGCAGCUGCUUCUCUUUAUUCUGCACUAGAUUAGGGAUCAGCUCGUUAACUGCUUGAGGAGAUUUGCAUAUUUGCGUAUUUGACAGAGAUUUCCUAGAGCCUUUUGGAGCCUUGUUUUCAGUCUUCCAUGUCACCCCAGGCCAGGGAAGGAUCCCCAGCCACCGCACUCUGCACAAUCCAUCACCUGAACAUCUCAAGUGCCAAAACAACUUUGGUUUGACAAAAACAACCUUGGGAGGGAAGCCAGGGAUGUCCUGAGGUCCUUUAUUCUGUGUGGUUAAGCUGCCUCCACUCCUGGGUGUCCUGAGUUUCUCCCAGAGCCCAUUCCAUUGUGAUCAAAGGAGCCAGGGGCCCUGCAGGCCUCCCUCCUUGCUGGGGUGUUGAAUUCUGUGAAAAGAGAUUUUCUUGAAGUACAAAUACAGCAGCCAGGCUGGGAGACUCUUCAUUUACUGCAGAGCCUGUGGACAGGGUUUGUUUGAAGAAGGGAUUUCUGUUCAGGACACAGUAAGGAGUGAAAGCUGUGCUGGGGGUCAGGAUUGGUAAUUCCUGGUGGGAUUCCAGCCCUACUGAGCAGCUCUCUGGUGGUUUAGUUGAAACUGAGGAGUGCAUGUGUUCCUGACUGAAGCAAUCCAGCCUCAUUCUCUAGUCCUCACAUCAUUUCUUCUUGUUAAAAUAAUACUGAAGACCAGAGCUCUGUUCUGAGCUCUGGCAGGGACAGAGGGUUUAGAAAUGUUUAUGAAACUGGGAUUUUUUUUUUAAGUUGUUACCCGUACCCAAGUUUCUCAUUCAGAUACUUUGGGAUUAACAAGGAUUUAGCCAAUCAAGGUGAUAACAACCAUCUCUGAAGAGAAAAUUCAGCACAUAUUUAUGUUUGGGAAUCAAUUAUUUUAAUUGUUAACCUUUGCAUUUCAAAUACUUUCUCCCUGGAGCUGUAUUUAACAUGUACAGAUUCUUUUCCUGAUGCCAAACAUUUCCCCCAUGGGAUGUGCAAGUCACAGCUGCUGAUGUUUGUAACUUCAGUUUGAUGCCAAAUCUUCUGAAUUCAGUUUGGUCUCAACACCACAGAAUUCCCUGGAGCAUCCAGACUCUCCUGUCUUUACUGACUACACCAUUCCAAAACAAUAUUAUUCCUGUUGUUCACAGCACACUGAUUUGGGUAAGUCAGGGGUUCUGACACUCCUUUUUUCUUUAAUAAUCCAUUAAAUGUGUUCUCUGCUGUGUUUUCUUUCACAGGUUCAGUACUUCUGAAACUUGUCCUUGAUCCCACAUUCCUGAUUUAUUUUUUUUUAAGGCAAAAUAAUUGGAGACUACACAUGACAAAAUCAGAAGCAUAUUUUAUAAAAUGCAAUUUAUACAAACCUGGGUUUGCUCCUAAAAAUGUGCAUUUUAAAAUCAGGUUCUGUUACCCCUGUUGGUGCCAGUCCAGGUUGGGAUCCAUGGGAUUCUGCUGCCAUGUAUUUUGUUGGAGUUGCCUCUCAUUCCCUCAAAUAUUAGUCCUACAAAGGCUGCAGGGUCCUGUAAUGCAGCCAGGCUUAACUCUGGGGAAAUGGACUUUAAACGAUCCUAAAAGAGAGUGUGGUGUUGUUUUAAGAGGCAUUUGAAUAACCUUGGUGAGGUUGUUACCAAGCCCAGCUUAUUUUAUAUAGAAAAAUAAAGGCUUAUCUUUAAAAAAAAAGGGAAAUUUUAAUAAGCUUGUAAGGGAUUAACUCAGAGAAAGAGGUGACAAUGCCAUUUAGGAGUGAAAGUUCAGAUUUCUUUCAGUGUGUGUGGAAUCCACUCAAGAAGUCAGGAGAAAUAUUGUGAUUAGAAUUUGGGGAGGAGGUGGAAUCAUUUCUGAUGCUAACGAGUGUCACUCCUUUAUUCCUCUGGAACCAGCAGCCUUGGCUUGGUCUCAGGAUGGUUUAUGGACCUGCCUCGGGGAUUUGGGAAACCAAAUUCCUUGGCAGUGACACCAACUCCUGUCUGGUCCAAGAGCAAGGUCUGCCCAGCAAUGGCACCUCCUGAUCCUCCCCUGCCUUACCAAUAUUGCCUGAAAACCAAGCUGGAUUAGCUGGGACAUCCCCGUGUUGAAUCUGCUCUGCAGCAGAGGAUCCACAGAGCUCAGAGUUCUCUCUUCUGCCAGCGGUGUGAAAACAGAGCAAGGGAAAAGAAGCACAUUUGUAAUAGCACAAAUUUACAGUAAUUCCACUCCUGCAUCUGGCACCGUGGGUUUGGAACCAAGGGGGAGAUUUCUGAUCCAGCAUCAGUGGAUUUAUUGCAUUUUUGAUCUGUUUACUCGCUGCCUGAUACUUCAGCAGUUGAUUUUGGCAUUUUGCACAUGGGAUUGAUUUUUCAAUAACUUCUAUCCCUUCCAUGUGAAUUAAUUAAUGACAACAAAAAGAACCUUUUCAACUCGCAAAGCCCACUGCAUUCAUUUCUGCUGAUUUCCUCCUGGAAGCUGAAAUCACAUGAAUAACUUUAAUUUUGGCCAAUGUGUAGAUCUGGGAUGUGACUGGUGAAGCCAGCAGCAGCCCAAGGUCGGGAAUGAAACACUCCCAGGAAGUGUUUGUGGGGAUGCAGAGCUUGGAGAGGGGAGGGAAGAGUCACAGCACCCCAAAUUCCCAAGAAUCCCCUGCAAACCUGAAGGGAGGUGAGGUUAAGGAACUGUGUGUGGGCCCAGGUGAGUUUGGGAUUGGGACACACCUGACUGAUUCCCUCCUGGGCCAGACAGGGAGAAUCAGGCCAGCAAAAUGCAGAUUGUGUGCGAGCAGAGCGGGGAGAACGUUGGGAUCUGCCAUUCCAACUGCACACUCCAGACCUCGGGCUUCUCACAUCCUGGAAAAUCUCUGUUUCUCAGCCAAACUGGUUCCCAGGGAGAGCCUGGCAGCGCUGCCUCGCUGGGAGCCAGUUCAGAGCCACACUGGUGAAGACAUUACUGCCUUUACCGGGACAGAGCCACCCCAAAUUUGUGUUUUCUGCUGAUUUUCCCUUUGUUUUGCCCUCUAGACCCCGUGUGUGUAGCACCUGACCAGGCAUGUGGGUACCAUAUACUAUGCAAUGUGUACAGUGGUGCAUGCUCUGCUCUCCCUCUGCUUUUAGUGGCUUUCAAAGAAAACUAUAAAAAUUGGAAAAAAUUAAAAAAAAAAGGAAAAAAAAAAAAAAGUGGUGUUAUUUUUGUGACCAGGAUCAUGCAGACUGCAUGCCCAUAGUAUCCUCAUUUCUAUGGAUUCGUUUUCUGGAAUUUAGAUGUACAAAGAUGAACUGCAUUACAAUAACUUUUCUACAAUAAAUGAACAAAACUAUCAAGCGUUUAAAAGUCUGUCCAGUCUCUUUGUGUCCUGCACUAAGAUUGGGAAAAUGCUCGGGAGAAACCCGGAGUCCUGUGGCAUUUUUGCUGUUUGCCAAUAGUUCUUGGCAGCAGCCUCACGUGUUGCGUUUUUAGGAAAAUUUAAUGAGGUUCUGAAGACGGAGAUGCAUCUGCUCUGCGAAAUAAAUGAUGUUUAUUUUUGUAAUGAGCUUAAAUAGCUGCGACCCAGAAGUACAAAAAUAC